CUGCGCAUUUAAUCAGCUGACUUGACCGUCAAAUGUUAGUACAAACGUCAAUAAGUUACAAGUAAUUGCAAUCUAUAAUUAGUUCUUGUAUGUAUCUUUGUUAGUGACAAUUUUUUUAUCAUGAAGACGCUUUUUUUGUUAGCGAGUAUUGCGCUUUUAGUUACACUUUCCCAAUCCACAACCACAACCGAAGAGCCCAUUGUGAACACACAAAGGAUUAAUCUCUUGGGAUCAAAAGAAUGUACUUAUGGACCUGCCUUUUGGUGCAAAAGUCUUAUAAAUUCUGCCCAAUGCCGGGCAACAAAACAUUGCAUUCAAACAGUAUGGAUCCAUCAGAAAUUACCUCCAGACCAUAGCAGUAUAUGUGAAACAUGCUUGAAGAUGGUGAAAGAAGCACGAGAUCAGUUGUUAAGCAACGAAACGCAAGAAGAAAUUAAGGAAGUGUUUGAAGGUUCGUGCAAAUUGAUCCCAAUAUCUAUAGUUGCAAAAGAAUGCUGCCGGAUAGCUGAUGAGUUUGCACCAGAACUAAUAGACACCUUAGCGUCGCAAAUGAAUCCCCAAAUUGUUUGCUCAGUGGCUGGUCUUUGUAACAGUGAACGAGUUCAUGAUUUAAUUGCUGAAGAUAGCAAAGUACAUGCCAUGGUUUCCAAACGUCAAAAGCCACUCAACACAUGCGAAGGAUGCUAUAAAGUUAUUGAGAUAGUAGAGAAGAACUUCAGACAAGCGUCACGAGAUCAAAUUCUACAAACCGCUCUGCAGAUUUGUGGCAAACUGGGCAGCUUAUCAGACGCUUGCAGUAAUUUAAUCUUAAAUCAUUUCAACGAACUGUACAACCACAUAAACGCAAAUUUGAAUCCGGAACAAUUUUGCUUAAUGUCGGGUGAAUGUAAGGCCAGGUUCCACACUCACGCCAAUGUUGAAAUCACACCAUUAGCAAAUACAGGAGUUAUCCAUGUCAGUGGUGAUGAACUUCCAUGUGAACUAUGUAAACAACUGGUUCAUCAUUUACAAGACGUUUUGGUCGCCAAUACGACGGAAAACGAAUUUCGUAUGGUAUUGAAAGGAAUCUGUAAGCAAACGCAUUCCUUUAAAGAUGAAUGUCUUAGUCUCGUUGAUCAAUAUUUCACCGAAAUUUAUAACUUCAUAGCUAAUGAAUUAGAUGCUGGGCUGGUGUGCUCCGUUGUUCGAAUUUGUCCGGGUCCUGGCUUACAACUUAGUGAUGCUGCACCUAUUUUUCCUCUGCUUCCUACAGACACCAAAAAUCCAUUGGAAGAUACACUAGAAUUGCUACCUCCUGAGAUAUUGCAAUUGCCAAUUGAACGUGUAGUGCCUCAAACUCUCACAUCGAUGGGCAAUACACAGCUUUGCGAAUUCUGUACAUACUUUUUAAAGUUUGUUCAACAAGCUAUUACGGAUCCAAUCACCCAAGAAAAACUAGAACACAUUGUUGAUGGUGCUUGUGAACGAUUGCCUUCCACAAUAAGAGAUGAAUGCAAAGGUUUCGUUGAAACAUAUGGACCAGCUUUUAUAGCCAUUUUAGCUCAAGAUAUUGAUCCAAGCACUGUAUGUCCUAAACUAAGCCUUUGUCCAUCCAUAGACAUCUACAAGGUUCACAAUGUUGAAGUAUUUACGCAUUCGACUAAAUCUGCAAAACCUAAAUGUGCAUUAUGUUUGCUGGCAAUUACCAGUUUGGAAGAAGUGAUAAAGAAUAAAAGAACAGAGGAAGCCAUAAGAAAGGGAUUAAAGUCAUUGUGCUCUCACCUUCAUGGAGUUGUUGCUGAUGAAUGUAAUGAUUUUGUCGAGACCUACACAGAUGAGGUAGUGGAGUUACUACUUAAAGACCUCUCGGCCCAAGAUAUUUGCAUAUAUUUCAAACUUUGUCAAGAUCAAGUUACAACGGAAGCUCCCAAACGGGAAAUUGGAAGAGAUAUUGAAACAAAUCAGAUAAUUGAUUACACAGCCAAUGGAAAAGUGAUAGCUAACGUAGAAAGAAACGUAGAUGCUGAUGUAUGUCUAAUAUGUGAAUUUUUAAUGUCGGAAGUACAAAAUAAACUCAAAGAUAACGCUACGGAAGAAGAAGUUAAAGAACUACUAAACAAAGUUUGUAAUUCAUUUUCGUCCAAGUACAUUAAAACACACUGUCUUGAUUUUGUAAGACAAUACGAAGACGUAGUGAUUCAACUUUUAAUAAACAGCUUAUCACCCGCCGAUGUAUGCAAAGCUCUCCAUUUAUGUAAAGAUCAAGAACAAAUUCCACAAGUCACAGAUCUUAUGAUUGAUUAUGAGAGACAUAAACCUUUAAAUGUACCAAGUGUGAAAUCUCCCCAAUGUACUCUAUGUAAAGUGGUUAUGUUACAAAUUGAAAAGAUGUUAAAUGGAUCUGUUGACGAGGCUAAAAUAUUAAAAACUCUGGAAGAGGUUUGCAAGUUAGUCCCACACGAAGAACAAAAAUGUGAUCAAUUUAUAGAAAAGUAUGGUAAACAAAUCCUAACAUUUCUAGAAUACGCUAUGGCACCAGCGGAAUUUUGUUCGAUCGUUGGUCUGUGCUCAACAAAUGUGCUGCAACUGCAAGUACGUAAAUGUGCAGUGUGCGAAGUUGUUGUUGACAUAGUACAUAAAAUUUUGGAGAAUCCUAACAUUGAUCAUAGUAUAAGUCAUGUUUUUGAAAAAGCAUGCAAAGCAGUUCCUACGAAAAACCAAGACAUUUGUCGUGGUUUAGUUGCUGUAUUUGGCGAUAGGAUUAUUAAUUUGUUGGCGUCUUUAAUGGAACCGGUUGAAGUAUGUCAAAAAAUAAGGUUUUGUGGUUCACACAGUAUUCGUCCGCAUGAACAAACACUCUUAGGCAGAACAAAAUGUACACGUGGUCCCGGUUAUUGGUGCCAGUCUGAGGCCACUGCGACAGAAUGUGGGGCUAUGGAGCAUUGCAAAAAGAACAUAUGGAGCCAAAUUACUCCAUAAGUGAUAAUUGGAUAUUUUUGUAUAAGUAAGUAAUACCAUCGAAUAUUUACCAAAGUGUUGAAUUGUAAAAAUAGUUAAGCCAUAUUUGUAAGUUAUGUGAUUAAAAAUAUCAUUUCUCUAA